AUGAUGCUUCUCAUUUCACUUGAAGAAUCGCGUCGAAGCUCUACAGACAGCGUCAAGAGUGUUCAAAGAAAGCGACGACUAGAGAUCUUGCAAGACUAUGCGUCGACCCACAAAAAGAGGAAAUCGGAUGGAAAACUGGCGUUUUGCGAAUACGACUGGACUACAGUGUCAGAUGCAUUCGGCGUGAAAUCCGGGUUUGGUGCUGAUGUAUUCGAUCCGCCCAAAGUAGACAUGCCAUCUGACACGCUUGACGAAGUCAUGCACUAUCUGAAACUUCUCUGUAAAACGAUGGGACAACCUAGCUUCGGAGUGGCGGCAAAAAGAAGACAUUUCAUUGGAGCAGUUAUCGUUAGUUGCGCUGCUAUAGACAUUGAGAGCUCGUUAAUUGGCAAGGAAGUUCCAGCAAACGGUAACGUGGAAUUUCUUGUCAGGAUUGGAAAUUUCAUAAUCUGCAUCGUCGAGGCAAAGAAAUCCGAUUUUGACCAAGGGCGCGCCCAGAAUUACGUUGAGUGCGAAGUGGCUUACGAGUUGAACGGUGGUAGGCAACCCAUCAUGUAUGGUAUUGUAUCAAAUUUUGUAGACUGGAUAUUCGUUCGUUUGACGGAUGAAGCCGUGAAAGAAGCACAAUAUGCCGUUAGCUUUGACAAGGAAGGCUAUCCUGACCGUGCAGACGUGGAGAAAAUUUGCAGUGUCGUCAUGGGGAUUUUUCUUGAAAUGAAGGAGCUG